AUGUAUAAUAAAAAUAUCCAUAUUACGGCUUUUCUUUUUGUUGUUUUUGGCUUAUCAACUUGGCUCGAUAUCAUUGGAGUAGGGGUUGAACUUCCAUUAAUUAUCAAUCAUGUACCUGAAGGUUGGGCUUUACCGUCCUAUCUUGGUUUGGCUGUUUCGAUCAGUACAAUGGCACCGGUUGUUAUCAUUCUACUCAAAUUGAUUUUCAAGCAACAUCUCGACGAACGUAUCUUCAUCUAUAUCGAAAUUAUUAUCGGAAUCAUUUCUUGUGGUCUACUUGGUCAAUAUUGGAAUAAGACAAGUUGGCUUUUUGGUGCUCAGCAUUCUGUUUUACUAUUUUUUUUCGUUUUUCUUCUUGGCACUCUCGGUUCGACAUCGACAAUCACAUAUUAUGAUUAUAUGAAACGAUACAAUACGAAACUAUUGGAUGCUCUCCUUUUUGGUGAAAAUCUUGCUUCCUUCAUACCAGUCAUCCUCGCGGUGAUUCAAUGGAAAGGUGGUGAACCAAUCUGCUUACUUAAUUCGGCAAAUAUCGAAUAUUCAAAACCUCGUUUCCCUGUUCACGUCUAUUUCUGGAUUUUGACAUUUAUUGUAUUGCUAUCAUUUGUCGCUUUUCUCACUCUUGAAUGGACCAAGAUUGCUGAUUCAUAUCGAAUUAAAGAUUAUAAAUCAUCGAACACUUACGAACUAAAUUCACCAACAGAUAAAUCAUCUCUUAUUGAAAGCGAGCCAUCAUUCGAACCAAUGAGCACAAAGUUAUAUCAUUCUCUACUUGCUGUUGCAUAUUAUUCAUAUGUGUUUCUUCAUGGCAUUCUACCGGCAAUUGUUACUUAUGCUAUGCUACCGUAUUCCCAUACUGCAUUCUACAUUUCAAGGAUUAUUCUACCUAUAGCAGGUCCACUAUCAAUAAUUAUUAAUCGUACCUGUAAAAGCCGAUUAGCGUUAGCGUCUAUAACUAUCCUAUGUUUUAUAGCGACGUGUACAAGUGUCUAUGUCGUUACCAUAGCCGCUCUCAGUCCUUGUCCACCUUUGCAUGAUACAGUAUUCGGUGCAAUUAUUGCCAUAGCUUGUUUCUUUAUUUCACAACUAUUAUAUAACUAUGUGCGAGCAGUCAUAGCCAAUCGUAUUCGACAAGAAUACAAACAUAAUAGUGGAUUAUUUUGGCUUGGCGCUGUCUUCCGGAUGGGUUCAAUGAGUGGUGAAAUACUGAUGUUUUUUCUCAUCAACACAUUUCAUUUCUUCAAAAGUCGUGAAGCCUGUCGAUCUUACUGUUAA